AUGCCGAACUCGUCGAGCUCACCCAAUCCAGCUGGGGCUGUACCCUGCCGAGCUGGACAAAACCCUCAGACAGAAACUGAGCUAAACCAAGGGCCACGGCAGUCACAUGAGCAGGCAGCAGCAGACCCAACCGGCGGUGCUAGAGAUCAAAGAAUCUCACAGGACGGAUCUCUUGCAGGGAUUCCGAGGGACGAUUCCGUCCUGCCUGAGAUUUCAGAAACUCAGACGUUGGGUGAUAAUGCUCUCGGCUUGCCUACGGCCCCUGACUGUGUCAAGACUUCUGAAGAUGUUGUAACUAGCGUUGAAUCUGCGAGGCUGUCCCCUCGAGAGUCUGCUUGUGGCGAAAAUGGUCAUCCUCUCCCUCCUGAAUGGGAACGUAGGAUCUACUACCUGGACCCAGCCCGAUACAUCCUUCGUAACAAUAAACAUGGCGAACAGUUCUACUAUAAUUCAGCCUCGCAAGAACGAUCUUGGCAGAUGCCAGGAUACCCGAGAACACUGAGCAAAGAGGAUCCACCACUGCCGCCUGGCUGGCAGAUUUGGGAAACCAUACAAGGAGAGCAAAAGAGAAUGUUUUACUAUGAUCAAAAUUUGAAGCUCCAGACCUGGGAUCGUCCACAAUCUACCCGGAAAGGAAUCCAUCCCGACGUCACAGCUGAUGAUGGACUACCCGGCACCGAUCAACCUGUGAAAGUGAGCUGGGAAUGCUGGAAGACACAGGACCAACGACAAUACUUUGUACACACGCCCACAGGAAUAAAGACAUGGUUCAUGCCUAUUGCGGAUACCGUCCAAACAGAGUUGGACAAGGAGGAAAUCAAUAUCGAAAACUCCCCCACCAUUCGUCUUGCAAAGAUUCCUGCUGCUGCAUGGCGAGAUCAUGCGAACUAUACAAGAGAUCGUGACGGAGAAUAUCUACCACGUUUCUGGGAACGCAGGCCAGUCUGGUACAGCAGCUCCAGGAGGUCGGAAUAUUACAUUGAUCACAUCAAUAGGCGCUCGCAAUGGAGUCUACCUCGUGAGACCGAUGGCACCGUAAAGGCAGUCAAAAUGAAAUUGGCGACGGAGAAAAUUUGGAUGCAUACCGGCUCCUUUAUCAGUAUGUCCAUGAAGAUUGAUUUCCGCUCUUAUUUCAAAGCUGUGAGUGAUUGGAUCGAGCUUCUUGAUCUCGCACAAUCGAUAGUCGACAGCGAUCUGGAGUCCACUGACGCAGAGUUCGUUGAGGGCUUUGGAAGUAGUGUCAAAGGAGGAAUCAGUUCCUUUCGAAAUCCUUAUGGAUAUGGCUAUGCAUCGUAUAAAUUUGGUUUGGACUCCGCUGCAUUCGCUAGCGUCAUACGGUUUUACACCGGCAGCGAAGAGCAAGGAAAGGGUACACCUGCUGCCCCCAGACAUGCAGGAUACGGGGUCUUGGCACUGCGUUUGAAAUCUUCUCUGAUUCUCAUUGCCCAAGGACGAAACUUCAAUUUUGCUUGGAGGAAUGCUGUUAUCUUCCCGUUGGUCUUGGUGGUCCUACAGAAGGAACCCAUAGAAAGGGGCCGAGUUUCUUAUGAAGGCCAAAAUUUUCUGGAUUUGGUCUUUACACGCUGGAACGACUUCAUUUCAAAGUGCCCAGCAUCCAACGAGGUUGAGAGCGAGGCUGAGAGCGAGUUUGACCACCAAAGCGAACCAGAGUCGAAACCGGGCCGUUUCAACCCGGCGUCUGUAACGAGAGAAAAGGCCUUCUUUCUGGCUCGCCUUUGGCUGGAAAGGCAUUGGGCAACUUCUCUUUUCCAACAAGUCUAUUUAUCACAUGAGUCUCGCGACUAUAUCUAUUGGGACGAUUUGCCACAGGCGAUAUUGGAUCUCAAGGCUGGGAGGAAUAAUGUUUUUUCCUGGCUUCAUGCCUGUGGAUUUGCCCUGAAUGACGACCCUGGACCUGAGCAACGUCGUUUUGAGUUGUUAUUCAAGCAAGCCUCUGAAGAAGCAGCGAGUCUACGUGAAGCUGUUGAUCUGCGGAAUGCGCAAAAGACCUUGGAAGCUACAUCCGUGAGCAUUGAGGAAUCAAGGAGGGGCAUCGCCGAAGCACACACUAUAGGGCGCAUAACUCACCUUGCAUAUGUUUUUCUUCCGCUUACAUUCAUCACGGGCGUGUUCGGCAUGAACAUCCAGCCCUUCGAAGGAGGUGCACAGAUGUGGAAAUCUUGGGUCACCCUGUUCUGCGUCCUCAUUCCAUCAUGGGCUUUCGGUCUGUGGACAGCCAGAGGGGAAGUAAGACGACAGUUCAACAACGCGAAGAAAAGCCUUUGCCGUGCAGAAGCCAAAAGGAUACGGCUCAAGAGUAGCAGGCAAAAACGGAGCCUCGCGCCCCCUUUGACAGGAGAGACUGAAUCUGUCACCGUUGAGCAUGAGGUCUGA